AUGACUGCCCUAACGGCUGCAAAAAUUCCAGAUGCGGUACAAGAGAAGCUCAUUGCCUUGGGCUACGAAUCCUCGGAAGCCUUUCAAUUCAAAGACGAAGGCGUACUUGAGGCAUUCUUACAACACUUUCUUGUCACAGAGAAAGCUGUGGACAAUGCAUCCGAGACAACUUGGGCCUUUCAUCCUCUGGUGGGGAAAUUCAAAGCGCUUUGGAAGAACAUUAUGGCAUCCAGAAAAUCUGCGCCAGCGCCCACCGCAGACGUUGAUACAGCUGCUCAAUUGAAUGGUAACAGUGGAUUAGUGACUGCCCUGGUGGGUUGCAACCAGUCUUUGUCAGUGGUUGACCCAAUGCGGCGCGAUUUGGAAAAGAAGUACACGGGUACAGUUCUCACCCUGAGCUCUUUGCCCAGCAUGUCUUUGCUGAAUACUAUACACGCGCAGAAAGAUUGCUUUCUAGAGGCCUUGGCUUUUGGUGCUGGUUUCUGUGAAGAUCAGUGGGACAAAGAACUAUCAGCAGGCCCCUUUCAAGUGCAAAACCUUUUGCAGAUCCGAGCCAAUGCAUACAGCAUGGUGGGCGCGUGUCAUCUGGGUUCAUGGUCUCUUUACAGCAACAAGUUCUUGGAAUACUAUACCAAGGAUGUGGGCGAGAAUUUCCGGUUCCCUAAUGUGAUUGAAGCCGAAGAAGCCGACCAGCAAGCUGUUCGUGAGAUUUUCAGCUUAUGCUUCAAUGGAGCAUCCUUGGAUGAUGCGAUUGCAACAGUUGUCAUGGACCGCGACAUGCUGCGGCAGUUAUUGUUCCUCCGCCCAAAAUUGACCUUGAAGCCUCGAGAUCGCGAGCCUUUGAAGAGGUCACGGCCGGUUGAAAAACCCAAGCCUGAUACAAAGAAGGUCUGGGACAAGGCUGAUGAUUGUGAUUUUGAGCUAGAUCAGGCGUUGCAAGUUCAUACUUCUCCCUGGAAGAGCGCAAGGGAAAAUUUGCAGCUUGCUCGAAGUUUGAUGAUGCAAGAUGUGGAGGCUGGUUUUGCAUACAUUCUGGCCGGGGGCAUUGAAGAAGCCAAAAGAAAAUGGGGGGCCCAUGUGGCCGUGGGCCGUCUUGGACUGGCGGAAGCCCGGUCUCAUGGCGAUGCCAGCAUAAUCAGUGGAGCAAAUCAUGCAUGCAGGGUACCUGAGAAGGUGCGACUCCCAGGGCUCCACCGUGUGCAAAGGGCGUUGUCCGGCUCAAGCCCCAGCUGGGCCUGGGUUGCGCUUUCCUUCGACGUUGCAUCGGCACAUAAGUUGGUGAGGGUGCGUCCAGAAGAGCAGGGAGUGGGUUGCUUUGCGCUGGGCGAUGAACUCUUUGUUUAUCGUUCUUGUAUGUGCAAAUUGUUGGAUCAGAAUUUGCUUCUGAGCAAGCACAUGGAUGCCUGCGAUCUACGCAAGGGUUGGAAAUUGCACUCAGCUUUGUGGACUGUGUUCUACAACUUUGACAGUGCCAGUGUGCGAACCAGUGCAGAUUCAGUGUGGACUUGCGCAUUAUUUCAGAACGCUGUCGCAGUUCAGCAGAACUUGCCUUUGCGAUGCGUGGACAGCCCCGAUAUCCCUUGUGUUGCAGAUGCCUUUGCAGACUCCUCCGGCGCUGGCAUUGGGGGGUGGUGGGCCACUAGCGUGGAGCCAGUGCAACAAGAUCAGGUGUUCUGGUUUAGCCUGCCUCUGGACAAGACAAACUUGCCACAUUGGCUGAUCUGCAAGCACCUCCAAUCUUACAUCGCUUCUUUUGAAGCAUUAGCACAGCUCCUGCUUUUGCUGGGACGUGUGCGAGGUAUGGAGCGACCAUUCUCAUACUUGCUACGGUUGAGGCAAUUAUGCGACAACGCCGGUGUUGCUGCUUGUACAAGAAAACAGCUUACCUUGAAGCUGCCGCUUACAUACAUCCUUCAAGCCAUUAGCUUUCAUGCCAUUGCCCAUGGGGUACAACUCACGUCAGCCCAUUGUGCCGGUGAGCGGAAUGAAUGGGCCGACGCUUUGAGCAGAGGAAACCUCAGUGGUUUUGCCCCGUCUCGGCGGAUUACCUUUGACUUGGCCGAUAUCCUAUCUGCACCAUGGUUGGCAAGUGGGCACUCUUGA